GCCGUCGUGGGGUAGUUACGUCGUGAAUUGUAAUUCUGUUACUAAUCCGCACCGGUCCCUAUUGAGCCGGCACACGCAAUUUUUGAGGAUAAUAAUAAUCGUACCGAUUAAAUUCAGUGUCAAGUUAUUUUAUGUUUGUGGAGACUUAUAAAACUAAUUAGAUUUUUCGUAGUGCAACAGUGGUUUGCGAUCUACGUGCCUGCAUUUCUUUAGUGUGUGAGCUCGCUGAGGUGUGAAAAGAUCACAAUGAACGGUCUGAACGGUCACAACAACGGCGACAUGAACGGAGCCGGGGACAUCAUCACGCAGAACCAGCAGCGGGGCUGGUGGACCAUCGGGCUGAUCAACUCCCGGUACAGAUACCUCACCGCGGAGACCUUCGGUUUCAAGAUCAACGCUAACGGCACAAGCCUCAAGAAGAAGCAGAUCUGGACCCUGGAACCGGCUUCUGGCAAUGUUAAUGAUACUAUGAUCUACCUGCGGUCCCACCUGGACAAAUACCUCGCAGUGGACUCUUUCGGGAACGUCACCUGCGAGUCUGAUGAGAAGGAACCCGGCAGCAAGUUCCAGAUCAGCGUGUCUGACGACAACAGCGGCCGCUGGGCGCUGCGGAACGUGGAGAGAGGCUACUUCCUCGGCUCCAGCCAGGACAAGCUGACCUGCACUGCCAAGGUGCCAGGGGACGCUGAGCUGUGGCAUGUUCAUCUCGCUGCCAGGCCGCAAGUGAACCUGCGUUCUAUCGGUCGCAAGCGGUUCGCCCACCUGUCUGAAUCCCUGGACGAGAUCCACGUGGACGCCAACGUGCCCUGGGGCGAGGACACCCUCUUCACCCUGGAGUUCAGGGCUGAUGAAGGCGGGAAGUACGCCCUGCAUACUUGCAAUAACAAGUACUUGAGCGCUGGUGGAAAGCUUUUCGACACCUGCACCCCAGCGUGCCUCUUCAACGCGGAAUACCACUCCGGAGCCCUAGCGCUGCGAGACAGCGCCGGCGCCUACCUCGCGCCCAUCGGCUCCAAGGCUGUCCUGAAGACCCGCUCCACAGCUGUCACCAGGGACGAGCUGUUCUCAUUGGAAGACAGUCUCCCGCAGGCGGCAUUCGUCGCCGCGUUGAACGAUAAAUACGUGUCAGUUAAACAAGGCGUGGACGUGACCGCUAACCAGGAUGAGAUCUCCUCCCACGAGACCUUCCAACUGGAGUUCGACUGGGCCACCAGGCGCUGGUACAUCCGCACCAUGCAGGACCGCUACUGGACCCUGGAGACUGGAGGUGGAAUACAGGCUAGCGGGGACAACAAGUCCUCAAACGCGUUGUUCGAGUUGGAGUGGCAGGGCGACGGCGCGGUGGCCUUCCGCGCCAACAACGGCAAGUACCUGACCACCAAGCGUUCGGGACACUUGUACGCCAACGCGGACUCCAUCGAUGACAACUGCAAAUAUUACUUCUAUCUUAUCAACAGACCCAUCCUAGUGCUGAAAUGCGAGCAGGGCUUCGUAGGGCCCAAAGGAGUGCGGCUGGAGUGCAACAAGGCUAACUAUGAGACUAUUCAGGUUGUACGCGGGCCCAAGGGAGCUGUUUACUUCAAAGGACAUAACGGCAAAUACUGGCACGCGGACAGCGAGAGCGUGACGUGCGACUCCGACACCCCCCAAGGGUUCCACCUGGAGCUGCGGGAGCCCACCAGGCUGGCCAUCCGCGCCGCCGCCUCCAGAGAGUACCUGGCCGCAGCCAAGAACGGAAACUUCCGUUUAGUCGGCACCGAUCUUAGCACCGCCACGCAUUGGGAAUACUAGACACGCAAAAUAUUCUGCGUUUGGACAUACGAGUACAGUAAUUUGCUACUACACUUUUGAUAAUAGAUGAGUGCCAAAAUGGCAUGAUAACUAAAUAAGUUUAACACCUCUUGGUAUGUUCAAACGCUUCAAAUGAAUCUCCAAGUCUCGUUCACAAUACUCUUCCAAUAGCAACCGAUUCACUUUAUAUUGGCGUGCGACUUAAUUAUAUCGAUUCCAUAGCGGAUAUGACCGCGCGUGACGCCAUUUUGAUCUUCUAGCCGCCAUUGCGUGAACCGUAAAAUGGCGGCCGCCGAACGACCCAAUCAGCUGAUUCUGGCGGGAAUCCGCUGCCAAUGGAUACAUAAUAGAAAAAGAGGAAUGUUAGUCAAUGUAAAGAGGCAUUGGCGAAUUACAUUCUGCAGAAAAAAAAUGUUAUCAGUGACGUCACGCGGGGCUCGCCCGGUUUUGCAUUUAGUACGGUUAAGGUGUAUAUCGCGUGAGUGCGCGAAUGUGAUCAUAUGGAAAUAUCGCUUCUCCUUAAUAUUAUUAUUAUGAUAAUCAUAGAUUAUUUUCUUAUUGGUAGAUCUGCCCAUUUAUUGCUUGUUUCGAAUUAUAUUUUUUUUAAUAUUAUGUGACCGUCGCGCGUAAUGCUUGAAAUUAUUUAUUUUUAGAUUUACGGUAUCGAUAUGAAUUAUCGAGGACAUUAUUGGAAUUUUUGAGAAUAUUUAUUGGAUAUUGUAGUGUCUAGUCGAUGGGUUUUAUACAUUUUUACCAACUCAGCGCUGCGUGGGUUUAAGACUGAAGCCUACAGCGGUAAAAUUUAUAGUAAAUUCACAUAAUUUAAGUUAACAGGGAUGCCGCAAUACCAGACGACUGCCUCGUUGCUCAAUGUUGAACGGAGUCUGGCCUAUAACUAGUUAAGUAAGCUAGUUUAGUUGUAAGUACCGUGUAGGAUAGGCUUAUGAGACUCUGCUUCCGGUCGUACAGUCCGUGCUUUUUAUAUUAUCGACAUUUUGUAACCUUUUUACAUGACCUGGUGCGUAUGUAUCUUGUAUAUAAGUCACUUCGGACCGGAUGGCUCGUGGGAAGCGACUCUCGUAUGUUUUACGACGAACAAAAUGUUAUUAAGUGUUUGUACUGCAAUUCUGCCCCGGAAAUUAAUAUUUGUACGAUAAUGUCUUUGUAAACUAUUAAUGAAUAAAUUAUAAUCAUAUUGUACGUC